GUCGUUAGCAGGCAGCGUCUAAUUACAGCGGAAGUCAUGAGAGUGUUGGAGAUGUCUGCCCUCACUCUAAUAUUGUGGUCUGGUAGUCUGGCGAUAGUCUGGCGACCUGUCCAGGGUGUGUCCUGGGAUAAGCUCCAGCCCCCUCGUGACCCUCGAGAGGAUAAGUGGUUAUGGAAAUGAAUGUAGUGGAAUAAAAAGUGUGACAAUGAAGUGGAGAAGAAGUUAAAGUCUAGAUUGUAUUUGAAUACAGUGCUGGAGUAAAUGUAGUUGCCCUCGACUGUCUGCCUUCUCUUUUCCUCAUCAUUUCUUCUGUUCUCGUUUUUAAAUAUGCAUCCAGCUUACAGGAGGAGGGUCCCCAGGAGCCCCACCAGGAGACACUGCAGCAGAUAUCAGCCAGAAUAAUUCAGAAGGCCUGGAGAAGAUAUGUGUACAGGGAGGUCUUCAAGUAUUUCAAAGAGCUUAUCAGCCGUUGCAACCAGGGGGAUCCACACACAAUCCUCAAAACUGUCAAUCCUCGAGAGGCAGAGUUACUGGAUGCUGCUGCUGGCGUGUUCAUCCGAUUUCGACUUGGAGGGAUUACCUUUCCUCCCAACAUCUAUUAUAAGAUCUUCACCUAUCGACCCGUCAUGGACGUGUGUGCCAGCAGCCCAAAGGACUACACCCAGCCUGGCCUUAAGAGGCCUGUGGCUCGGCAGGCCAACAACAGCUGGCCUCUUGUGCAGGAGGACCGAUCAGGAUGGUACCAGCGCAUGGAGAACAACAGCUGGAGGCUCUUCUGUUGCAAGGUUGCAGCGGCAGCAGGAUGUAGACAAGUGGCGGAAGAAGAGGAAAAUUGAAUGGCUGAAGCAUAUGUAUAACCAGGGUCGUGUGCAGACUCAUCCCGUGCAUGGACACAUGGCGACAUUGGUGGGGAAUUCAGCUCAGGAAGUGAUGGACAUCACUGAAAAUAUGGGAGAGGAUGAGAUACUAGAAUGGGAGCUGGAUGAGCUGCUGGCUUGGACCAACACUCUCAGCUUUGAGGAGUACAUGCGUGAGUGGAGAGGUUUGGCCUGCAGCUGCUCCUCUGAGCCAAGCAAAGAUGUUCCUUCAUGUCCCCCCCAGGUUAGAUCCACAUGAGUCUGCUGCUGUGGCUGAUGAGGACAGUUAAGUAAAACAGAAUCAAAGUAUCUGUGCUGUACACAAUUAGCAUUCUCUAAAGUCACACUUUAUCUCC